AUGUCCAAUACUCCACUUCCAUCAGUUGAAGAAGUUGCUGGUCCAGCUUUCCUCGAGUUGAGUGUGGAUGAACUCAUCCAAGUUGGAUUAAAAAUGGGACCUGCUAAAACGAUCAUUGGGUUGAUUAACAAAAUUAAAGGAGAAGAGCAAGGAGAGAAUGAAGAGAAUGAAGAGGCUCCCUACAUUCAAAAAUUCAUACAAUUUGCAUCUGAAUGGGUGGCUGAAAAAGUGAUGGACAAACUCAAAAGGAAUUACAGUCAGCAGUUAAGGAAUUUUGUGAUAGCAAGCUCAUCAGAAAAUGAAUAUAGUACGCUUUGGGGCGUCAUAUUUGAACAGAUCACACAUCGAAUUUUACAAAAGGGAGGAACAUUUAAUAUUCGUCCUUUAGAAUCCAACGUCACAAGUUCUACAAUUGAAAUUCCAGAACAGAUCAAGUUGGUAUUUAAUGACAUUAAUAAGAUUGAGGAGGGCAAGUACUGUCAACUGAUUCAAAAGAAUUUUACAUCUGUUGAUGCAGUUGUUGCACCUGACACACUCUUUCAGAUGACCAUAAGCAAAUCCAUCCUAUUAAUAUGA